UAAUCAGUUAUUGCAGAGGCUCAAUGGCAUUGUGGUCGCCACCAAUUAUGUGAUCAACAAGAGGAACUUGGAUAGGAUUUCUCAAGAAGUCCAGCAUAAAAUCUUUAUCCUGAAAGAAGACGUCAACGAACUGAUCCGUGCUUGUCAGAUGGCUAAAGCAGGAGUCGUCAACACCAAUUUUCUGAGUAUAGAGGAAGUUAACCAGCUUGUCAGUGAGAUCGACGUUCUUCCAUACAGCAACGCCAUCGAAGCGAUUGAAUAUAGCAAACCAUCGAUCUACACCAACAACACACUCCUCUUAUACGUGUUGUCCCUACCAAAGGUCACAGAAGCUAGAUUUAAUCGCCUGAUCGCAAGAGCUAACAUACAGAACGGCGUCCGAGUGGAAUUGGCAUAUCAAACAAUCCUGACCAAUAAACAUCAGACAUUCGGCAUCAAGGAACACUGCUUGCAAUUAUCUGCUACCAUGAUCUGUGAAGGGAAAUCACUCGAUCUGCUACCAGAAUCUAGUUGCCUGACUCGUCUUCUCAAGGGAGGACAAACAAGUUGUACUUACGCUACCUGUAACGAUUCCACUGUUGAAAUCAUCAAGGAUGAUACCAUUUUCCUUGACAAUUUUAUAGGGAUUGUAAAAUCAGGUAACAAUUCAAAUACACUUAAUGGUUCUUAUAUCCUCCAGAUGGACCAUGAAACCGUAGCAAUCAAUGGCAAAAACUACUCGAGUACUAGUAGAUCAGGAGUACAGGAGCUUCCACCAAUCUUGGCCAGCGUCACCAACCGCAGUGUGGCAAUGAACCUUAACCUAAAACACGGGAUGACAGCUCAUAAUAUCAAGCUCCUGGGAUACGUCAAGGAGAAAACCAAUUGCACAUUUGGAGAAGGAUUACGGCGAAGAUACACCUACCUGCGUUGAACAUUGACAACAAGGCUAAUUCAAAAUUCGAGGAACGUCCAUCCAAUCUGCGGGACGCAGACCUUUAAAGGGGGAGCAGUUAACACAUCCGCCGUCACCCAACAUGUUGCAUUCCCCCAGUCCAGCAAUACACGUGGUUAACAACAUAAUUGACAUCCUACACCUUUGUCAAGGCCAAGUGCAUUUCAUCAUAUCAUGCAAUAGCAAUAUUGUGCAACGCUAUCAGACACCUAUGGCAACUGUCGGCCACAGUUAGUACCUCUGGCUAAUGCUUACGCAACCAUUAGUAUAACGGAGCCAAUGCAUUAGACAUUGCAGCGGUGUCAGCAUAAUUUCAUUGCACACGGUUGUGAAAUCAGUGUGUUGCAUAUUUCAAGUUACCUGUGGGAAUUCAAGGCCAAGGCGGCUCACUGACGUCGCGUAUGUCUGGCUAUAGAACAACGGCAGCGGAACAGUCUAUAAAGGGCAGCAGAACUCGGAGCAGCGGCAGUUGCAUCGGGGUGUUAUAGU